AUGAACUCCUCUCUGUUCCAAAAGGCAAAGUGGAAGGUUUGUUUUAGUGAUGAAUUCUUGAAAUCCAUGUCUAAGAUUCAAGACAUUGUCAUCUGUAAAGAGGUCAUUUCUCUUUUGGAGAAGCUUUCAGAUGGAUGGCGUCGGCUGCACAAACCUGAAAUUCUCAGUAACAUGGAUAUUGCUGCUUCACAACUGUUGGAACUAUAUGAUGUCAAAGGGCCGUUGAAAUUGAUUUGGACCAUCGACAUUCUCCGGGAAAAUUCAAGCGACGUUCAAGUUAUCAAAGUUUUGGACAUUUUGCCAAGUUAUGAGAUAUCAAAAUUGGCCAAGAAACUUGAUUCAGUAUUAGGGAAGUAUACAGCUGAUCAUAUAAGCCAAUGCUUGUUCAAGCGCGUUGAACAGGACUUGGUACUUCCAAUGACUUGGCCAGUGAAUACAGAUGUUGGAAAUGUUCCCUCUGGCAGUGAUCUUGUACAAGAGCUAGCAAGUCAAGUGGCGGCAAUUAGUGUACGGGAUGAACCGAGAGUAUGA